AUGCGUUUCCGCAACCUCGCUCCUCUGACCCUCGCCGCCCUUUCUGUCUUUGACCUAGCAGCAGUUCAAGCGCACAGUCCUGCACAGUGGCGCAGCCAGUCCAUCUAUCAGGUCCUAACGGACCGCUUUGCGCGGACCGAUGGUUCUACAACUGCGGCCUAUUUCGGCACAGACAAGCGAUGGCUCUUCGUACCAUGGCUACUGGGCGCGGAUAUUAACCAGCUGAAUCAAAAAUUUGGAACCGUGCAGGAUCUCAAGGACCUUUCGGCGGCACUCCAUGCAAGAGGGAUGUACCUUAUGGUCGAUGUUGUGACGAACCACAUGGCUUACGCUGGCUGUGGAGCCUGUGUCGAUUACAGCACCCUUAGCCCUUUCAACUCGCUUGUGUCAGACUAUUCCAUCGAUGGCCUACGCAUCGACUCCGUACAGCAAGUCAACAAUAACUUCUGGCCGUCCUUCCAGGCUGCCGCUGGUGGCAUGCACGUCCUAGGCGAGGUCUUCAAUGGCGAUCCAGCCUAUGUUUGUCCCUACCAAACGUCUAUGACAGGACUGAUGAAUUUCCCAGCAUACUAUUGGAUAACGCAGGGUUUCCAAUCCACCUCAGGCUCCAUUUCGAACCUAGUAAACGGCAUCAACACCAUGAAACUCUCGUGCAGCGACACCACGCUCUUAGGAUCUUUCCUUGAAAAUCACGACGUUGCACGAUUUCCCUCGUUGACCUCGGAUUUGUCACUUCAGAAGAAUGCCAUUGCCUUCACUAUGCUCAUGGAUGGUAUUCCCAUCAUCAACGCUGGUCAAGAACAAGGGUACAGAGGCGGCGCCGUGCCGUCCGACCGCGAAGCCACCUGGCUGAGUGGAUACAAUACCGGCAGCGUACAGUACGGGUUUGUGAAGCAGGUGACGUAUGUGGCUGUGGCAACCCAGCUGAAUACCCAGAUGGUGCUGUUAAAGAAGGGGGCUGCUGGGUCGCAGACCGUCGGCGUUUUCACUAAUAAGGGCGCUAGUAGUUCUGCAUAUACACUGACGUUGAACUUUGCGAAUACAGGAUUCACAGCUAACCAGGCAGUUAUAGAGGUUUUAAGCUGCCCGGCGUAUACUGCGGACUCGUCAGGGAAUGUCGUUAUCACUAUGUCGGGUGGUUUGCCGCGCGUGCUUUACCCCUCGGCGAACUUGUCGGGGAGCGGUAUCUGCAGCGCGUUGAUUGUGUCGUCUACUAGUGCGACAGUAUCGACCACGUUCUCUACUGUAGCGACGGCAACGACUUCAGGAAGGACAAGCACCACUGUGCCGACUACAAGCACCACUGUGCCGACGACAAGCACCACUGUGCCGACGACAAGCACCACUGCGUCGACGACAAGCACCACUGCGCCGACUACAAGCACCACUGCGCCCACAGGUUGCUCUUCGGUUGCAGUCACAUUUAAUAAGUUGGUUACAACUAUAUAUGGCACCAAUAUCAAGAUCGUAGGGUCAAUCGCUGCCCUCGGGAGCUGGAAUACAGCGAACGGAGUACCGUUGAGUGCAAGCAAAUACACGAGUUCGAAUCCUUUGUGGUCAGCAACUAUUAACUUCGCACCCGGAACGUACUUUGAGUAUAAGUUUAUUAUGGUUAGUAGCUUAGGAGCAGUGACGUGGGAAAGUGGAAGCAAUAGGGUGGAUACAGUAGCGGGUACAGAUGGAAUGUGUACUCAACUGGUCUCAACAAGUUGGAAGUAA